UAAGAGCCUCUCUCUUAAUUUCUCCACAGCUUCCAAGUGUAAAAUGAAUAUGCAGACCAUGGGAGAUUUUCCUGAUGUUGAAUGGGACUUCAGCAGAAUGUUCUCCAUGGAAGAGCCUGAUUUCAGCCCAGAAUUACUUGAUCAGUGUUCUUUUUCGCAGGAGAAUGACGAAGGAUUGCAAUUUACAAUCCCACCAGCUUUCUUCCCCACUCCUGAAGCCAACGUGAGCAUGGCUGGGAAUGAGAGUUUGUUUUAUUCUUGGAACGCUCUCAACCCCAAUUUGCAUUUUGAUUCUCAAGAAAGUGGUAAUAACAGUAAUUGUAGCAGUGGUGUAUUUCUUCCUUCUUCCAGCCUUGAAUCCUACUUCUUCAAUGAUUCUAACCGCAUUCAGGCUACUAACGAUAACUCCAUGUCCAUGGAUAUUUCACUCAUGGAUGAGAAAACUAUUGGCUUGUUGACGCCAUUUUUUCCUGAAAUUACAAUGGCAGAAACUGCCUGGAUGAAUGGAGAUAUGAGCAGUGACAAAAUAGGAGAUUUAGACGAUAAUCUGCAGCCAGCUGCUAAUACUGUUCUGGCCAAGGGACUGCAGCUCAAAAGGAAGCUUGAUGUUCCAGAAUCAAAUACAUUGGACGACAUGAAGAAGAAACCUCGGAUUACAAGAAAUGUGCAAAAGAGAAAGAAUAGUGUACAGUCAAAGAAAAACCAAAGGUCCACUCCAAAAAUUAGCAAUGAAGAAGAAGAGAGUAAUCCUGGACCAGAUGGACAAAGCUCCAGCAGUUGCAGUUCAGAAGAUGAUAAUGCAUCUAAGGAUUCUGAUUCCAAAGUUUCUGAAGUUCUCAGUUCCAGUGGCAAAACAAGAGCUAGUAGGGGAGCUGCUACAGAUCCCCAGAGCCUUUAUGCAAGGAAAAGGAGGGAGAGGAUAAACGAGAGACUGAAAAUCCUACAGAAUAUUGUCCCUAAUGGAACCAAGGUUGAUAUCAGCACAAUGCUAGAAGAGGCAGUCCAUUACGUAAAGUUUUUGCAGCUUCAAAUCAAGCUUUUGAGCUCGGAUGAUCUAUGGAUGUACGCACCUCUGGCUUACAGUGGAAUAGAUAUUGGCCUCGACCAGAAGCUCUCUAUGCUUCUAUGAGCAUGAAAGAAGCUACUGAAUUUUUUUAAUUUUAAUUCAUCAAUUUAUAUAGAA